CAGGAAUAAAUAAUACAAACCAAAACAUUUACACACAUUGAACACACUUCAGAUGAGAAAGAGCAUAUGUAAAAGACACAACUAAAGAACCAUGAUUUUCAAGCUUAGUCUAAUAUUAAUCCUGCUGUGUAUCACCAGGGAAAGUUUUGAGAACAAGAGGAAUGCAGCGAGCAAAUUCACAACAAGACAGAUGAGACUGUGGAUUGGUCAGCGAUGGGAGAGGAAGGGUUAUACUUGGGGAAUCACAACACUUCAUGGUGACCCAAUAGAAGAAGUAACGAGACAGAUUGCAUGUGACAAGCUCUCGUUAAGCAUUGGGGUAAAGAGAUAUAUCAAGUGGGUGACAACGUCAGGUUUAUAUGAGGAAUGGAAUGUGAAAUGCAGCCCAAAAGCAAGACAUAUAAAUGAUUGUAAAAAGAGAGAAUAUAAAUGGGCAGGAAAGUAUAAACCACGUGUGCACCAUCAAAGCGUAAAAUGUAAUUUCAGCAACUCUGCUGCUGUGGACAGAUCUUCUCCUUGUCGCACACAUCCCAACAGUCAAAACAUGGGGCAAACAGUGUGUGAUUAUCAUCCUAAGGACCCCAACCCACCUGUGGAAUUAUGCUGUCACUGUUGGAUGUUUUUUGAAGAUCCAUUCUCAAAUGAAGUUAUGCCUUUGGGAUCUAUGUCAAAGGCCGCAAAAACUGCAUGUGGAUUCAAAGAAAACAGGACAGAAUGCAUUUGUGAUCCUUAAUUUCAAUGUAUACUGAAUAAAUUUCCAAAUAUUAAACAAUGGAAAAAUUAUUUAAAAGCAAAAAAAA